AUGGGAAAACGUGAACGAGCCCAGCUGGCAACCGGCAGCGAUCAUAGCAGCCCAAAGUCCCCCACGCUGGCGACGGAGUUUGAGACUUCUCGGAGUGACCAAGCUCGACCCCCAGACAGUAUUCCUUGCCAGACCUCAGUGGCACCAGCGGGCCAACUGCGAUUCGAACCAGUACUGCCAGCCUCUACACCCACACGGGCCGCAGCGCCGGUCGUGGUCGUGCCGGAACACGAUCAGACCGCAGCGCCGGCGACGCAACUCGAACAACCGCAAUCCACAGGCGACCACGGACACACCUCCUGGACAAUCAACUCUGCGGAGCAGGUAUCUCAACCGCUGGACCAAAUAGCCAGGCAAGCGCUGGCAAUCCUGGACCAGUGA